UAUAUAUUUUAGCUUUUCCCCACAUAUCUCCCGGCCUCCAACUCUCUAACUCUCCCACUCUCGGUCUAUCAUCUCAAGAACUAAGCAUGGAAGACCAGACGUUCGAUUAUGAAAGUCUUGCGUUCACAAAGUUGUCUCACUCUCAGUGGACUGAUUACUUCCUCUCUGUUCCCAUUGAUGAUUCGGAACUAGAUGUUCUUACAAGAGAGAUUGACACGCUCAAGCCUGAAGUUAGGGAGAUCCUAUCUUCGCAAGGUGAAGAUGAGACAUCAAUGAGGAAAGUGCUGUUGAUCCAAUUGCUUCUUAGCCUUGGUCUUGCAUUUCAUUUUCAUAAUGAGAUCAACGAUAUACUCGAACAUGUUUUUCGAAGAAUAGAUGAUAUAACUGGUGAUGAAAAGGACUUGUCUACAAUCUCCAUCAUGUUCCACGUUUUUAGAACAUACGGAUACAAUGUGUCAUCCGAUAUAUUCAAAAGAUUUACAGGGGAUGAUGGAAAGUUUGAGCAGUCUCUUAAGGGAGAUGCCAAAGGUAUAUUGAGCUUGUAUGAAGCCGCUCACUUGGGAACAACAACAGAUUAUAUAUUGGAGGAGGCAUUGAGGUUCACAUCGAGCCACUUAAAGUCUUUAUUGGCAGGUGGGGCAUGUCGGCGUCAUUUCCUAAGGCUUAUAAGGAACACACUUUAUUUACCUCAGCGGUGGAACAUGGAAGCAGUAAUUGCAAGGGAAUACAUUUCGUUUUACGAACAAGAAGAAGAUCACGACAAGAUGUUACUUAAAUUAGCCAAACUCAGUUUCAAGUCAUUGCAACUGCAUUACAUUAAAGAACUAAAAACCUUUAUCAAAUGGUGGAUGGAGCUAGACCUUACUUCUAAGUGGCCAAGUCAAUUUAGAGAGAGGAUCGUGGAGGCGUGGCUCGCAGGAUUGAUGAUGUAUUACGAACCACAAUUUUCAGAUGGGAGGGUAAUUGCCGCUAAGUUCAACUACCUUCUUACAAUUUUAGAUGAUGCUUGCGAUCAUUAUUUCUCUAUUCCUGAGCUUACAAGACUCGUAGAUUGUGUGGAAAGAUGGAGUCCUGAUGGCGUUGACACACUAGAAGGUAUAUCACGAAUUGUCUUCAAACUUAUGUUGGAUGUUUUCGAUGAUAUCGAAACAGGAGUGAGAUCUAAAGGAAGUUCCUACCACUUGAGAGAAAUGUUAGAUGAGCUCAAGACACUUGUGAGAGCAAAUCUUGAUCUUGUCAAAUGGGCACGAGGAAUUCAGGUGCCUAGCUUUGAAGAACAUGUAGAGGUUGGUGGAAUAGCACUUACCACAUAUGCAACGUUAAUGUAUUCUUUUGUUGGAAUGGGAGAGACUGUUGGGAAGGAAGCUUAUGCGUGGGUAAGAGCGAGACCAAGACUAAUCAAAUCUCUAGCUGCUAAAGGUCGUCUAAUGGACGAUAUGACUGAUUUUGAGAACGACAUGAGUAAUGGUUUUGCUGCGAAUGCGAUCAACUAUUAUAUGAAGGAAUGUUUAGUUACCAAGGAAGAGGCUAUUCUAGAUUGUCAAAGAAUGAUCUGGGACAUCAAUAAGACCAUAAAUGAGGAACUACUUAAGACAUCCGACAUGCCACGUCGAGUUCUCAAGCAAGCACACAAUUUUGGACGUUUAUUGGAACUCCUCUACACCAAGUCCGAUGAUAUAUACAAUUGUAGAGACGGAAAACUCAAGGAGUAUAUGGUAACUCUGCUCAUAGAUCCAAUACGUCUUUGAAGACUUUAAAUUACAUGUCUUAUGAUUUAAGAAGAUGGUUUUUCAUGUUGGUUACUGUCGGAUAACAUCAUCUUAGAGAUGUAUUACAAUAAAGAAGUUAUGACAACAAUAGACUAUUUUAUAUCAAAUUUGUUCAUUAUUUUAAUUCUUCACCGAAUAUUGUAUUAACAUUUACAACAUCCAGUGGAGUAGCAGUCAAACGGAGCUGAAAACGUUCAAUACAAGAUCAAAAGAGUUUAAAAUAUUGGUGAACAUGCACCAAGUUCUUUGUGAGUCUUUAACCCUCUGAUUCAACACUAUCUUGCAGAUUGUUAGUUUCCGAUGCACUGAUACCAAUGACAAAGCCGAUCGAAGAUGUCACAAUCCCACCAUAUGCAAAUGAAGACGAGCAAAACAAGGUGAAGGCAUGAGCGGGCAACAAAAUUACGUACAUCUAAAGAAGAAGCAACAAAACCAAACGACAGCAUAACCGUAGGUUAUUCUUAUUAGGUGCAUAAAACGUUAAUUGAGUUGGUUUAUUCAUGUCUACAAAAAGUAAACACUUGUACUCAUUUGACGAACUAAUUAGAAAGUAAUUUACAGAAAGUAAAUAGUUCUCUGUCUCUCUCUCUUUAUCUGUCAGUUUUAACAUUAAGACUAUAUACAAAAUCUU